ACGUCAUAAGCCUUGCGACAACCUACCCGUUCCCGCAGGCAAAACGAGACACGUGCGUCCGUGUGUACAAUCGUGUUCGGUCGCUACAUUUGUGUUUGAGCGGACUAGAAAAAUGACUAAGGCAAAGAAGGAGAAGAGUUCGGUUGAAGAGGACGAGACCGAGAUGAAGUCACAGGAGGAGUCCGUGUGUCCGCCGCUGAACCAGAUCAGUGACCCGCUGGCCUCAAGGAAACUCAGCAAGAAGCUCUACAAGUGCGUCAAGAAAGCUGCUAAAGUGAAGAACAUCCGAAGAGGCGUGAAGGAGGUCCAGAAGUUCAUCAACAAAGGCGAGCGAGGAGUUGUGGUGUUGGCCGGCGACACUCUGCCCAUCGAUGUGUACUGCCACCUGCCGGUCAUGUGUGAGGACAGAAACCUCCCUUACGUCUAUGUCCCGUCCAAAGUGGACCUGGGCUCCUCCGCCGGGUCCAAACGGCCCACGUGUGUGAUUCUGAUCAAACCCCAUCCGGACUAUCAGGAGGUGUACGACGAGUGUGUGGAACAGGUGACCGCACUUCCCAAACCUCUGUGACACACCUGACUGAUGGACACUCACUGUUGGAUCGUUUUUAUUUCUACUGAUGCUUUAAAACAUUUAGAAUAUGUUUAAAAAAAAUGUAUUUUUUUUCUUCUUUUUUUUUAAUGUCGUGAGUCGCUGCUGGCGAUGUUUCUGUACACGUUUAAGAUGGGUUUGUGACUUUGCUGUUGAUCAAAGUAGUAAAGU